AUGUGGGGACUCUGCAAUAACAACUGCAGUGCACAAGGGCUGACAUUGGCUGUAAGCAAUCUAUUGUAUGGUCUCCUGGCCCCUGAAGCUCUGUACAUGUGCACCAAGCCAAUUUUCCAAGUUGUAAUGGUGGUGACAUGGGUGAUGUGCUUGGGUUCACUGCUUGAUUCAUUGGGAUCUUGGCAGGUGCCUAUCUUCAUUGUCACAGUUAUCUUUCUGAUUUUGGGGGCAGUUUCAGAGGCCUUAUCAGGGAAAAAUGUCAAGUCCCCGAUGAAAAAUAUCUUGAACCAAGAGAAGGAGCAUCUAGGAGUCAAGGAACUUAGAUUGGAGUCAAGCAUACUGCAGGCCUCUGUGGGGGGCCAGAGUUCUCCAGUGUCCAAUGUGAUUCAGUCAACACCCAUCUUUAGUGGUCUGACUAAGUUGAUCCUGGAGUCCCCAUUGAUCCUGGUGUCCCCAUUGGGACCCAACAAGCAAACCAUCUCUAUGGAUGGAGAGGGAGGAAACCCAAGUCCGUUCUUGACUGAUAAGGAUGAAGGGGAUUCCUACAUUGUUGGUGUGGUUUGGGCUGCAAUACUCAUCCAACUCUAUAAAUAUCCAUGGCUUCUCCAACUCAUUCCCAUCCCUCUUGCAUAUUACCUCAUACGGAAGGCAGGUGGCAGCACAGUAGCCAUUGAAAAUGGCACCCACUAG